AUAAAAUGCGUCCUUUAAAUGCAUGAAUGGUGCGUCUGCUACUCGACAAUACUUCACGCCAUGACUGAAAUUUUCCCAAGGAGAAUCAGUAGCGCAAAUGCGAGAGCACCAACGGCUGUUAAAAGCGAGAUUACCUAAUGCACGAUCAAUAAAAAGCAAACUCACUUCACGUCCGAAAAUUGCCUGUCCUGCCGUUGUUUGUUGUCGUUUUUGACAACAUUAAACACCUGGAAACGUUUUUCCGAGUAUCUGCGAAUCGACCUUUCGCACCAAAUAUCUUGUGGGUGAAAGCGACUGACGGGACGAAUUGUCGAAAUGGAGGUGGACGAAUGUUCAGCUAACGGUGAUUCCGGUGCAGAAGAAGAUGAAGAUGACGAUAUGUCACAAGGUUCUGGGACGAAUACGAGUACAAGUAACAGCAGUGAUAGUAGUUCCUCAUCGGAUAGUGGUGAAGAUUCCGACGAAGAGCAAGGAACGAAUUCUUCGGAAGCUAAUUCUUCCCUUGAAGACGAGGAGGAUAAAAAUGACGAUGGUUCCAUACAGGAAGAACAAGAAGAAAAUGAAGAUCGUCUGCGUUGGGAAACGUGUGUGGCAGCAGGUGGUAAAGUAAAAUUACCACAAGAUUUAUGCGAGCACCCUUCGAUUUUUCGAGAGCUUUUUAAUUAUCCACGGUUGUGGCAAGAAUCUCUUUCGGAAAAUCAAAAAGAAACUUUGUAUAGUUUGUUACCACAAUUUCCCAAAGAUUGCAACGCCGAGUUGGAGUUAGAGAAGACUGUACAAAUGCUUUUCGAGGGAGAAAACGACAGAUUCGGUGUAUCGCCUUUGGACUCGUUUCACAAACACCUUUCCGCCGGUCACUACCGUCCCGACAUCAAAAGAAUGCGAAAUUUAGUGCGCAAAGCUCAGCAGAGAAGAGCUUUAUUCGAGGAACGGAAGCACGCCUACGAGUUGGCAAGUCAGCUUCUAAAAUCGAGGGAGAGUUUACUAUCGAAUGCUUACAAGCAAGGUUUCAGUCAAAACUCUCAUCGAACACUUUCCAAAUUCCACUGGAGGAAGCCCAAACCAGCACUGGUCGAGGAGAAAACGCAAUUGCGUUACCUGGAAGAAAUGAGCGCUUUGAGAGCUGAGCUUGGAACUAGUGCGAGACUAGCUGAUGAUUCGACGUCUGAAAACGAAGAAAACUAUCCACAAUUCCAACUAGGUAAUUCCAAGCAGAAAAAAAAGAAACGUUCCAUAAUGACACCUCAAAUUCCUUUGAUAAGAGGAAUGCAAAUGUGCACCGAGGACGAUGCGAUUCGGCCUGUUUUCUCAACGCUUCAGCGUUCCGAAUAUGUUCCAAGUUUGUCCUUUUCUUUGCGGGAACAAACAGAAGAAUCUUAUCGGACGAUGCUUAUUGCUCACAAGAAGAGAAGAACACGGCGUGAUAAUCAUCCUGAACUGAAUACUCAAGGCAUUGCCUUUACCGAUUUAAUGCAAAGAGCUCAGGUCGGUCAGAAACACAAAAUCACAGCCACUGGCCCUGUUCGAGUUCCACCCUCGAAGAAAAGAAUCAAGUUGGAACAAAAUCCUCUCUCUCAGCCUCCGGUACCAAAGAUUAGUUCUAAUGCCAUUAAGCAUGAGAGUGACAACAGCGAUUAUUCUCACACGACGGACGAGAUUAAACACUCAAGUCUUCUGGAAAAUGAAGGCAAGAGUCCGAAUUUUUCGAAUGUGAAGGCAGAACCUCUCGAUCUUUACGAGCAUCGUUCGCAGCCUAAACAAAAAAUGACUCCGGUGACUCCCAAAAACAGUAAACACCACACAAUGAUGAUUUCGAUGUCGGAGGUCAAAAGAGAGAUUGAAGACAUGGACUACGAAUCUGAUAUUACAGUGGAUCACCACUCGGUGAAAGAAGAAAUUCGAGUGGAACAUGAAGAAGAGGAUGAGAUUGAUAAAAAGGAAUUAGACUUGGACAGCAUUGAUAUGAUGCAGUUGCCUAUUCAACUUGACGACGGUAUCGACAUUCUCAGUGAAGUCAAGUGUGAAAAUGAAGAGAUAAUGAUAACAGAUGGGGCAGUUUCCGUAUCCGGAGGCGAAGAUCUAUCACUAACUGAGGGCGGUGACUUAGAAUUAAUGCAGGAAACGCACACUUGCUUCUUCUCCCUUUUGAGAGACGCCUUCAUUUCCAAGGGCGAGUAUCGAAUGAACACUGCAGAGAUGAAAGAAGCAGUCAUGCUGUGGCAGGGAAAUCCCAUCUCGCCGUUAAACGACUGGUACUCUUUGGCACCUUCGUGGCCCUCACUAGUGCCACUAGCAUUGGGAUUUCUCGCAGGCGAGUUAACUUAUCCCCAGGAUUUGGACCAACAAAAUGAUGGAGAACAAGAACUUGUUCCUUAUCUGGAAAAUAAAGGUCGCGGUGUCUACGCUUGGAUAGGAGCUGGAAGAGAUUCCGAUUCACGGCUUGCGACACUUUGCACUCGAUUUCUCCUACACAGGGAUUCAUUGGGACCACCGCAACCAGUGACCUUUGCAGCAAACUCAACGAAAGCUCCAUUGCCACAGCCCAGUGUCAGUACCAGCAAUAGUAUUAAUUCCACUCCAACUGGAAUGAGAUCAGAAAGUCCUGUUUCGGAAGUCGUGGGACCAGAUACAGGUCUCAUGAGUUCCGUUGCUGAAUGGGAACCCCCUCGUGCUUUGUAUCCGACUGACUGGAAAGUCCGGCCUUCUACCCUAGAAGAACGGGAAGAGUUCCGAAGACAGGAAAGAAUGCGAUACGCAGCACCUCAUAAAGCAUUUACUUACAGAAUGCAUGGCUACUCUUCUGUUGUUGGUCCCGUCAAGGGGAUUUAUCAACACAAUGUUGAUAGGUUUGUUUCCUUUACAGGCUCUGGUUUGACAAAGCCUCGUGGACACUCUCUCUUGGUAGCAGAUCGCCCGAAUUUUGUGACCAUUUUGGCACUUGUGCGAGAUGCGACGGCUAGACUUCCAAAUGGCGAAGGCACAAGAGCUGACAUUUGUCAGUUGCUGAAGGACUCUCAGUAUAUCAGGGAACUUGAUGAAACUGACAGUAAUCAUGACAAGGAGGGCAAUUUGCAUUCGGUCGUUUCUGGAGCUUUGGACAGACUUCAUUAUGAGGCAGACCCUUGCGUCAGGUAUUAUCCCAGAAGAAAAGAGUGGCUUUAUCUUCAUCGAGCUCGUUCUGAAUCAGAAUUCGAAAUGUAUCAUCAGCAAUUUCAAGGUGUACCUAAAAACAAGAAAAGCAGUAGUGGAUCCUCGAGAAACAAGUCUCUCCAAUCGAGUGGAAAGCCUGCCAGUGGGAAAGAACAGUCUCAUAAUCAAGGUACCGUCACUAAAGAAACGACACCAAAGAAGGAAAAGAAGUCCGCGACACAAGCGCCUGUUAUUACCAGGAAAGAGACGAGAAAAGUGGAGGAUAAAAUCGUCUUGGAGCAACCAACUUCCAUCGAGUCUCCAACGAUUAUCGCUUCCAUUCCGCAGAUGACAACAACCCCGACUAUUUCUGUCGCAACUCCACCCCCUAUAAUACCGACAAGUUCGAUUUCCUCAAUUUCAAAUUCAAUCAUGAACAGGGAAACUUCAAUAACAAUAGACACAAAGCCGCAAAUAGUGACGCCAUCUCACAUAGUGAAGACUGCACCAACUGCGAAUGUGAAACCAGUUGCGGUCGUAAAAACGACCACCUCACAGAGUCUUCUUCAGUCAAAUCAGCAACACUUUCCCCAUCAUCAAAUCCAGGUCUCAACAUCGGCGGGAUUGCAAACAAUUCGAUUAUCUGGCCACUCGGUUCUUCACUCGGCUCAACCGGUUUCAACUUCAGUUGCGAGCAGCUCUGGAAGUACUUCCCCGAGUGUUGCCACGAUCUUUCCUACGGCAAAAAUUCAAAAUCAGCAUCAACAGCAGCAAACGGUUAUGACGAAUCAGGGUGCAAAAAGUAUUUUGCAGAAUGCCAAUGUGAAACAGCAGCAGCAACAUGUCUUGCCGGGAAAAACGCUGCUUUCUUCUCAGAUUAAGUUGGUCAGUUCGGGACAGAUUAAAUCCUUGUUGACUGGACACGGACUUCAGGGACAGACUAUUUUCAUCAAACAGUCUUCGGUCGGGGCUGCACAGUCUCAGCAGCUUCAACAACAACAGCAAUUAAAACAGCAACAGCAGCAGCUUCAACAAAGAGUUGUUACUGCGAGCCAACAGCAACUUCAAAAUCCUGGAAUGCAAAGGAUCAUCGCUCAAAUUGGUGGUAAACCUAUCGCUGUUCAAAUUCAACAGUCGCCACAACAGCAACAGAAUCAACAGAAAAUAUUAGCGAAGGUUCUUACUAGCGCAGGAGGAGGACAAUUAAUCUCUGUUGAAAGUCUGCUUGCAAAGCAAGGAUUAAAGUUGGCUUCAACUACUGGCCACGCGACUCAGAUUAAUAGACAAGGGAAACAAGUCAUUCAGACGCAGUAUCAGGUUGUGUCGCAAGCUCAAACCUCGUCUGUGCCACCAAAAAUAAUUGUGAGCACUCACCAGCAACAACAACAAACAGGAGGCCAACAACAAACAGUCCGAAUGGUGACUGCUCAACUCGCUGGAAAACCCAUUGUGCUUGCCAGUGGUAGCAAAGGUGUAGGAGUCAGUGGAAGUGGAGGUGUGAUUUUAGGAAAACAGCAAUCUCAACAGGCUCAAUCCUCGCAGCAACAACCCAUUAUUUUACCAAGUCAGUUGUUAAAUAUAAAAACUUUACACGGUUUAAAAGUGAUUCCGACGGCCGCUGGUCUCAAAACGGGCGCUGCAGUCUAUGCUCGAGUCCUGGCGCCCACUACGAUGUCCUCGACGCAGACCACCACCAACCAGCAGCAACAACAACAAUCGGCUCAAAAUCAACAACCUUCGAGGGGUAAUUCUUACACGCCUUGAGAAGAACUUUAAACAUUUGUGCAGUCUUAUUUAUUCGUUUCGGCGAUCGACAACUCGAUUCCCCGACUGAAAUUGUACAUUUGGAGAAUAAAUCGAUGAAUGCGAGUGAGUGGAUCUAAAGUGGGGUUUUGAAAUAGACAAAAAAGUAAUAAAAAAAAAGGAAAUUUGAUUUUGGAAAAGAGAUUUUUGAAUAGCAAGUAGCAAAUUUGAAUUGGAAAUUCAAAUUUUCGGUAAAGAAUGACAUACCUUUUCAAAAUUUCGACUUUCCAAAACGUUUCCUUUGAAUUGUUCCGACGAUCUUGGUUUAACUAUCGGACGUCAUUCUUUCUCGUUGUAUGUAGUCUUUCACAGAGAAAAAAAAACAGCAAAAAACGGCAGUUUUUUUCCGACGCGAACGCAAAUUGUGAGAUAGCUUUUACGCUCUAGUUUCGUAGUACAAUUAGAAUUUAAAAAAAGGAGUGUCUCGUGCGAAAUAAGAUCAACAUGUGUGGUAAUUAGAAUGUAUGUUUUUAAUACGCGAUGAUGGUCAGAGAGUGAAUAUGAAGUGUGGAAACGGUGACGUAAUUUACAGAUGUAUGAUUAUAGAGUUGAUUACAAAACACAAAGAUCUUGUAUCGAAACUUAUUUCACAGUGUUAUUUGCAAUAUAAAUAAAAACUUACGUUACGGCA